CUGCGGAUGCGUCGGCAACUCCUGCAGCCGCUGCACUCGGCGCGGUUGCAGCUGAUGCAGCUGGUGCCGAUGCCGGUAUCAUGGCAGUCCAGGCGGUGGACUCCUUGGGAGCUGCCGCCACCGCCGCCACCACCACUGGUAUCGCUGCCGCUGCCGCCGUGGCUGCUGCAGACGAGUCAGCUGCGGCUGCGGCGAAGGGCGAGCAGGCUGUCAGGGAGGUGGAGAUGGCGGAGUCAGCGGCGGUGGAGGCGGAGGAGGCGGCCGGGGUGGCUGUUGGAGUGACGGAACGUGCUGAACUGGAUGAGGCUGACGCCGCCGCCGCUGAUGGCCGCAGCGAGGCUAGCGAGGCUGACGUCGCCGCCGCCACUGUUGCUACUGACGGCGCCGCCAUGGAAGGCCUGGGCGCCGCCGUACUGCCGGCGCCGCCGUCGUUGGUUUCAACGCUGCGGACGGCGGCGGUGGAGGCGGCGGCGGCGGCGGUGGAGGCGGCGGUGGUGGUGCCGGCGGCGGUGUCGCUACCGGCAGCGAUUGUUGAGGUGACCGGCUGUAUGGUCCAAGCGGGCGGCUCUGAUGCCGCUGCGACGGCUGCCGUACGAGGCGGCGGCGGCGAGGGCACGGAGGGCGCCGCAGCCACUGGGAUCGUGCCACCGGCGGAAGCGGGAGUGGCGGCGGAGGCUGGUGAACAGGAGUCACCGCUGUCAGUUGUUCCGACGGCUCUGUCGGAGGCGGCGGUGGUGGAGGCAGCCGAUGCGGCGGCGGUGGAGGCGGAUGACGUGGCGGGAGAGCCGGCUGUCCGUACGGCGGCGGCGGCCGCGGGUGGUGCUGACGCAGUUAUUGAUGAUGAGGGUGCACUGCAGACGUCGGCCGCCCUAGCUGCAGCGGCUGACGUCACCACCACCGCCAUCCUCGGUGCCGUGGGAGGAGCUGUGGGGGAGCUGUCCGCCGCCGCUACCGGGGCCGCCCGUGAGGGGGAGCCGCGGACGGAGGAGGAGGGGUCGAGCAGCUGGGCGGUGGCUAGUGAGGAGGCGGAGGAGGAGGAGGCGGAGGAGACAGAGAAGGAAGAGGUAGGGGAGGAGGCGGCGGCGGAGGAGCAGCCUGCCGCCAUGAGUGAGAGCGCUACCGCCGCCGCCGCCGCUCCUGACGCCGCACCGGUGCCCGCUGCGGUUGAAGAGGCGAUUGUGGCGGUGGCUGCGACUGGGGCUGAGGAGUCUUCGGGAGAAGAGCAUGAGGAGGAGGAGGCGGAGGAGGGGCCAAACAGUGGGAGCGAAGACGUGGAGGAGGAAGAGGAGCUAUGGAAGCAGACGGAGGGUCUGGAGGGAGGCGCAGCAGCAGCGGCAGCGGCACCGGGGAGUCUAGCGAUUGGCGGCGAAGGCGGGGUGCUGGCGGAUGUGCGCAGCAUCCUGGCGGGGUGCUGGUGUACGAGGCGCCGUACGCACCGGGUAUCCUGGACCUGCGCCCCGACUUCACCCCCGGCUGGCCGGAGCUGCUGCACCACCCCGUCUACCGCCGCCGGGUGUUGCGGGACCGGGCGCUGCAUGCGGCGCACAGGCUGCGCUUCCCGGCUGCAGCGGCGGAGGGCGGGCGCCGAGAUGGGGGCAGGGGCAGAGGCAGGGGCGGGAGGGCGUUGGGAGACGAAAGGAGGAAGCGCGAGCGAGUUGUGGAAUGGGAGGAGGAGGAGGAUCAUCAUCAUCAGCAGCAGCCACCCAAGCGGCGGCAGCAGACGGUGGCUCCGGGACGGCAAGGAGCGGACGUUCAGCGCCGGGAGGAGUCUCAGAAGCCGUCGCGGCGGCGGCAGGAGCAGGAGCAGGAGCAGCAGGACCAGCCCCUACAGCAGGUAAGGGCACCUGCACCUGCGACGCACUGCCAUGCAUGCACCACAUCUGUAGUUGUCCCUGUGGCCCAACCCCUCUCCCCUGCCCACCGCCCCGGAGUUGUCACAGUCACACAAAAACACACCUGCUCUCACCCUUCUCCACAUCCUCCACCCGUAUGA